GCAACCGGCUCCACCUACCUCCCCCGACAGCUGCCCGUGGCGUCCACCACGGCCGGCCCCCUCCUCCGGAACCACGGCCUGCGGCCUCAACGCCGCCACUGCCGCUAACCGCCCACCCCGCCUCCCUCUCUAUUCGGGGUCCCCGUUUCACCCUCACCCUAACCCCCCGCCGGGCAGCUCCGGUCGCCGGACAAGAAACAAUCGACGCGGGCGGGGGCUGUUAGCGCAGCAAGUAGAGGGUUCGUUUUUCUUCUUCUGAUCACAGAUUCACGUGCCCCGUGUGAUUCAGAGGCCCCCAUCACCUCCCCGGCCUGUCUCCUACAAGGUCUCCCGCUCCUGAUCCUUCCACCGAAGGUGAAGGUAUCAUCAAGUGCUCACUGAAAUGGACAAGAAGAAAGAAGUCAAUGACAUAGAACCUGGACCAGAUUCUUCUCGGUCCGUGGACAGAUUUGGCUUUAUAAAGACAGAACAAAGUAACUCUCAGGAGGGAGUUCUGAAAAGCAGAUCUACACAUGAACGCGGAAGAGAGGAAAGGAGGAUAAGAAAGUGGAGGAAGAUGAUAGGUGCUGGUGGUAGCGACUGGAAGCAAUAUUGUAGAAGGAAUCCUCAUGUGGUCAAAAGAAGAAUAAGGAAAGGAAUUCCUGAUUGUCUCAGAGGGCUUGUUUGGCAGUUGAUUUCAGGAAGCAGGGACCUCCUGCUAAUGAAUCCUGGUGUUUAUGAGACUCUGGUCAUAUACGAGACAUCAACAUCAGAAUUGGAAAUUAUUCGUGACAUAUCGCGUACAUUUCCAUCUCAUGUUUUCUUCCAACAGAGACAUGGCCCAGGUCAAAGAUCGCUGUAUAACGUUUUAAAAGCGUACUCUGUUUAUGAUAGGGACGUUGGAUAUGUGCAGGGAAUGGGAUUUAUAGCAGGGUUGCUGCUUCUCUAUAUGAGCGAGGAGGAUGCAUUUUGGUUAAUUGUAGCUUUGCUAAAAGGAGCUGUCCAUGCACCAAUGGAAGGCUUGUAUCAGGCUGGUUUGCCGCUUGUGCAACAAUAUCUGUUUCAGUUUGAGAGAUUAGUUAGAGAGCACAUGCCAAAGUUGGGAGAACAUUUUAUUGAAGAAAUGAUAAAUCCAAGCAUGUAUGCAAGUCAAUGGUUUAUCACGGUUUUCUCAUAUUCCUUUCCAUUUCCUAUGACUCUUAGAGUUUGGGAUGUCUUCCUUUAUGAGGGUAUUAAGGUUGUGUUCCAAGUUGGACUGGCUCUAUUGAGAUUCUGCCAUGAUGACCUGGUCAAAUUGCCUUUUGAGGAACUUUUACAUUCCUUGAGAAAUUUUCCAGAGGAUGCAACUGAUCCAGAUAAACUAUUGCCGAUUGCCUUCUCAUUUAAGAACUCCCCUAUUUGGUGGUCCAUGGUUGGUGUAUCACAUAUGGAUAUGGUGUUGGGUCAUCUCGAGGAGCUUGAGAAAGAGUACCGGAAACGAUUGGAGGGUCCCAACGCAAGCUCAAGUAGUAAGCGGCUUCAGCCCCUCAAAUCAAAAUCUAUGCGCAGGGUUGGCAGCCAGGUCUUGUCCAACUCAAAUGUUGGUAAAAAAUAACUGACAAUUCUUGUGCUGCAAACUGAGCCACCUGGUUGUAUAUGCGUUGUAUAGGGCUACGAUUACCCAUAAUAAUGUUUUAUUUUUGUAUAUCAAGCCAUAACCACAAAGGUUCUUCAUGUUGUAUUUUGUUCUCGUUGCUGGCGGAACUGUAAAUAUUCGCUACGAGAUGAAUAAUGUUCAAUAAUCAUAUCGGGUAUACAUUGCAUUGUUUA